AUGGGGCAUCAUAUGGCUUCUUUAAAUCUUCCCAGGGCUUCGUCAAGGGGACCCCUUUCUCCUGCGCUGUUUAUCAUUGGGGCUGAGGUGUUGUCGAGUGCCUCAGUGAAGUCUUUGAGGUUAGUGAAGCAGGUGCUAUCUGAGUAUGAGGCGGUUUCCGGGCAAAGGAUUAAUGCGAGGAAGAGCUGUUUUUUGGUGCACCCGAAGGCCUCUUCUUCCAAGCGAUUGGGAAUUCAGAGGGUCACGGGGUUCUCAUAUAAAACAUUUCAGAUUAAAUACCUUGGUUUUCCUCUUUAUUGUGGGCGGAGAAAGAAAGAUUUUUUUGGGGGUAUGUGUCAAACUGUCCUCCUGCGAUUGCUGUCCUGGCAGAAUAGGUUGUUGUCGCAUGGUGGGAGGAUUGUGUUGUUGAAACAUGUCCUUCUGCUAUGCGCGACAUACAUGUUGAUGGCGGCUUCGCCCCCAAAAUCUGUUUUCAAGGAGAUUGAAGGGGGGGUUGGCUUCCGUCUUCUAGAGGAUAUUUACAGGGCCUUCUCCAUCAAGUUAUGGUGGAAUUUUCGUUCCAGGUCAUCCUUGUGGGCCUCAUUUAUGCAUGCAAAGUUUUGCCGCAUGGCGCACCCCAACCUGGUAUUUUCUGAGAAAGGGUCAGAGGGAUGGAGAAGGAUGGUGAAAGUCCGAGUUCUGGCGGAGAGGCACAUUGGAUGGAUCGUUCGGUCCGAGAGCUCUAAUUUUUGGUUUGACAAUUGGCUAGGAACUGGAGGACUGGCAGCCCGGCUGGAUAGCGUGUCGGACCACAAGGUGGCGGACUUUGUGCAAAACGGUGCCUGGGACAUUGGCAGAAUUUCACAAUGGGUACCUCCGGGUAUUGUUGCGGAGAUUGGCCGAAUUCUCCCACCUAAAGGGUCGCUUCCUGACCUAAUGAUUUGGCAACUGGAGCCAUCGGGUUGUUUUACGCUCAAGACGGCUUUUAGCUUGAUCCAGCAUCAUUCUGGGUCUUCGCCACUAUUUAAUCGUAUUUGGCAUCCAGGGGUGCCUCUGAGGGUUUCGUUUUUCCUUUUGCGGCUAUUACGGGACCGACUCCCCUUGGAUUGUUCGUUAUGGAGGUUGGGGAUACAUGGACCCUCUCGUUGUUCGUGCUGCCCAUCUCCUAAGAUUGAGGCUACAGAGCAUGUGUUUGGUGCUGGGGUUAUGGCACAGUAUGUUUGGAGGUUCUUCGGGGCUCCGGUUGGGGCUCGUAACGAGAUGAAGUACGAGGGUAAGAGGUUUGUGGGGGCACAGGUAUGUCGAUUAAUCUUUUCAGAGAUGAUUCAGUGGUUCAGGAUUCAAUUUCCGGACUGCCAGGUUCCGUCAUGGUCGUGGGAUCAGUUCUAUUUGGCCAUAUCGACAUGGAAAACGGUGUUUUCCCAUAGGUUGGUUAGAUGGGUGCGUCCUGUCCACGGAAGUCUAAAGCUUAACACGGACGGUUGUUCUAAGGGUAACCCUGGCUUGAGUGGAGGAGGGGGUACUUCGUGA